AUGGGUAGCGUUGUAAACCCCCGAAACGUCCCUCAAUACAAGCUCAACGACGGCAAUGAAAUCCCGGUUCUUGCUUUCGGUCUAGGUACAGCCCAAUACAAGAGUGACCCUAAUAGCGGACUCGACCAGCAUGUAGUCGACAUCACCACCAAGGCUAUCAAGGCCGGGUAUCGUCACCUUGACGGUGCUGAGGUCUACGGCAAUGAGGAAGAGCUUGGACAAGCCAUCAAGGCUGGAGGUGUUCCCAGGGAGCAGCUUUAUGUCACCACGAAGAUCCCUGCUGAGAAGAAGGGCUCUGCUAUUGAGUCCUUCGAGGUCUCCCUUCAAAAGCUUGGUCUCGACUACGUGGAUCUUUAUCUGAUUCACGGCCCCUGGUUCGCCCAGACCGACGAAGACCUUCAACAGCGCUGGGCUGAGCUGGAACAAAUCAAGGAGUCUGGCAAAGCGAAGUCUAUUGGUGUCUCCAACUUCUUGCAAGUGCAUCUCGAGGCAAUUCUCAAGACAGCAAAGGUCAAGCCUGCCAUCAACCAGAUUGAGUACCACCCAUAUCUCCAGCACGGCGACCUUCUCGACUUUCACAAGACGCAUAACAUUGCCGUGUCCGCAUACGCCCCCCUCACUCCUAUUGUUACGGCCAAGGGAGGACCUGUUGACCCUCUUUACACAAAGCUGGCCGAGAAGUAUGGCGUCACAGAGUCCGAGAUCGGCCUUCGAUGGGUUAUCGACCAGGACAUUAUCGCACUCACGACAAGCAACAAGAUUGAGAGGCUUGAGGGCUACCUGUCUAAGCUACCAACGUUCCAGCUCACACAGGAUGAGAUUGCUGAGAUCUCCAAGACCGGUGCCAAGAAGCACUUCCGAGGGUUCUGGAAGGUGAAGUUUGAUGAGAAUGAUAGAUCCUGA